GAACAGCAGUGAGGGGAUCACGGCAGUGACCCCUCAUCCUCGUCGAAGUAGGAUUGUGCUAUGCAUAGCUUACAAAAAGCUCAAACCAAAUCCCAAUCAGGUAUUGCAAUUGUUAUCUUCCCGGGCUGUCUCAAUCUGUCUCCAUCUCUAUAUCCACCCGAUCAUCCCUGACCCUCGCGCCGAUCCCUCCAUCUGUCUCCUUGCCUCUCUCUUCCCUCUGUUUUAUCUCUCUCUAAAACCUAAACCCUUUGGAUCUCUCUCAAUCUUCGAUCCAUCUGAGAAACCCCAACCCUUGAAAUAGACUCCUUGAAUUCGCACGAAGCUUGAGAUCGUCUGAAAUUCAUCACGCAUCUUGAAAUCCAGUAGUUUUGGUAAGGAGAGAUGGGAGAAAGGAAGGUGUUGAACAAAUACUACCCGCCGGACUUCGAUCCGGCGAAGAUUCCGAGGCGGAGGCAGCCGAAGAACCAGCAGAUGAAGGUGCGAAUGAUGCUUCCCAUGAGCAUUCGCUGUGGCACCUGCGGCAAUUACAUCUACAAAGGUACCAAGUUCAACUCCCGCAAGGAAGACGUCAUCGGUGAGACUUACUUGGGGAUCCAAAUAUUUAGGUUUUAUUUCAAAUGCACUAAGUGCUCUGCUGAGUUAACAAUAAAGACCGACCCGCAAAAUUCAGACUAUGUUGUUGAGUCGGGUGCAUCACGGAAUUUCGAACCUUGGCGUGCAGAGGAUGAGGAAGCUGAUAAGGAAAAACAAAAAAGGGAAACUGAAGAGAUGGGCGAUGCAAUGAAAUCCUUGGAGAAUAGAACCUUGGAUUCAAAAAGAGAGAUGGACAUCCUUGCUGCCCUGGAUGAAGUGAAGUCCAUGAGGUCAAGACAAGCCACUAUCAGUGUAGAUGCAAUGCUGGAGGUCUUGCAGCGCUCAGCUGAGGAAAAGGAAAAGAAGUUGGAAGAAGAGGAUGAAGCACUCAUAAAAUCAUUAUUUGGAGCACCAAGAGAGGUCGUUCGCAGGAUCGAUGAUGAUAUUCUUGAUGAUGAUGAAGAUUUAUCUCAGAUUUCAACUGACAAUGCUGAAACAUCAAACAAUAAUUCAAAAAGGAGAAAGGUUUCUGAAGAACUUCCCACUAAGCCAACAGAUCAUCUGACGGAAACAAGUUACAAUUCCAAGAAUGAAGAAAACAAAGGGUAUUCCCGGGCACUAGGUGACGGUAGAUUCAUUUUCAAGUCUCCGUCAGUCAGAGUUUCUGUUGUUAGGAAGCCAUCAUUAGCCUCCAACAGCAAUGGACCGGCAAAACAUGAGGAGGAGCGCAAAGCAAAUGUUUCUAGCUCUGGACUAAUGUCUCUAUGUCAAAACUAUGAAAGCGAUGAAGAUGAUUAGUUAGCAAUUGUAAAUGACUACGUCAAAAUUUCUUCUUGCUGUAAUAUUGUUUCAAGGAAUGCUUUUAAGAAAAAUAAAAUAAAAAAUAUUGUACUUUUUAAA